AUGCUGAAGACAAAGGUGGAUAGACUUGCUCAUGCCAAAGCAAAUGGCUAUAAGAGAGGGGCACAUCGAGAGAAGGACAAUGUAAGAGCGGAAAACAAAUAUUCAGAGGACUCAAUCCAACCUCAGAACAGGGUUUUGGAAGAUUAUAAGAUGAAGACCCUCAUUAAGGAGGAUAUUAUUGAGAACAAGAAACGCGCCAAGCACAUGUUUACACAUUGUGAUUUAACCAAUAUCAUUGUUUCCAUGUGGACUGACGAUGACCUGGUCUUUAUUCAUGAGCGACACAGGAUUCAAAUGACCUUUGCUAUCCUAAUAUACUGCUACUCCAGAGCAAGAAUUGGGGCCUUUAUUCCUGAUACAUCAAAAGCAGAUGAUUGGGGACUCCAAUAUGAGGACAUUGAAUUAUACCUAUAUCAUAGGCCUGAUGGAGAAAAGGAAAUUUUCUUCUGUCUUAGUCAAAAAUGGGUCAAAAACAAUCAUGACCCCAAAAAUACAGUUUUACAGUGCAGUCUUGCAAAUAAAAUUGACAGUAUGGAUAUGCAAACUUCGCAUAUGGCCAUAUGCGAGACUGAGACUGAACCCUAUUCAGAGAUUGCCACUGAAGCCAAAAGAGGCCAGCUGCUGAACCAAACUGAUCCUCAUAUCUAUGGGUGCAGCUAUAUUGCAAACACUUUAGCUCUGAGUAGUAUGGACGCCUUUCUUGAAGAACAGAUGCAUUAG